AUGUCGAUUCCAGAAACCUGCACAGCCCUGGUGGUCGGAGGCGGCCCAGCUGGGUCCUAUGCUGCCUCAGCUUUAGCUCGAGAGGGCGUCAACGUCGUCCUACUCGAAGCGGAUCUUUUCCCUAGAUACCAUAUCGGCGAGAGCAUGCUGCCAUCCAUUCGCCACUUUCUGCGAUUUAUUGAUCUCGAUGCCAAAUUUGAUAGCUACGGAUUCGUUCAGAAGAACGGUGCUGCUUUCAAGCUGAAUUCAAAGCCAGAAGCAUACACUGAUUUCAUCGCUGCCGGUGGUCCUGGAAGUCAUGCAUGGAAUGUGGUGCGCUCGGAAGCCGACCACCUCAUGUUCAAGCAUGCCGGUGAGAACGGAGCCAAAGUGUUUGACGGCGUGAAGGUGACCGGUAUCGACUUUGAACCGCUCACCGAAGCCACUUCAGAGCUGGGACGACCAGUUUCUGCUUCCUGGUCUUGCAAGGCCCAGAAGACUUCUGGAGUAGUUAAAUUCGAGUAUCUUGUUGAUGCUACCGGACGAGCUGGACUGGUUAGCACCAAGUACAUGAAGAAUCGCACUUAUAACCAGGGAUUGAAGAAUGUGGCCACUUGGGGAUAUUGGAAGGGGGCUAGUUCGUAUGGCAUCGGAACUCCUCGUGAGGGAGACCCCUAUUUUGAAGCCAUCGCAGACGGGAGCGGCUGGGUCUGGCUUAUUCCCCUACACAAUGGAACGACUUCCAUCGGAGUUGUCAUGAACCAGGCUGUCGCAACGACGAAGAAGCGCGAGGCUGGUUCGACUUCAAAAGACUUUUAUCUAGAAAACGUGAAGCAAAUUCCUGGCAUCUGGCAGCUUCUCGAUAAGGCAGAGCUGGUAUCCGAUCUUAAAUCUGCUUCGGAUUGGUCCUAUAGCGCUUCGAGUUAUGCCAGCCCAUACCUGCGAAUUGUCGGUGACGCUGGCUGCUUCAUCGACCCCUUUUUCUCUUCAGGGGUUCACCUGGCUAUGGCGAGUGGGCUCUCUGCCGCUCUAAGCAUCUGUGCUGCGCGGAGAGGAGACUGUGAUGAGAACGCUGCGGCUAAAUGGCACUCAAAGAAGGUCGCCGAAGGCUACACUCGCUUCUUGUUAGUGGUUAUGAGCGCCUUGAAACAGAUCUCAGAUCGAGACCAGCCUGUCUUGACAGAUUGGGACGAGGAGAGUUUCAGCCGUGCCUUUGAUCUUUUCCGACCAAUCAUCCAAGGAACAGUUGACGUGGACAAAAACCUCACGCAGGCUGAGAUCGCUCAAACGAUCGACUUUUGCAUGCAGGCAUUCCAGAACGCCGGCCGGGAAGAGCAAGAUGCAUUGAUGAACAAGAUCAAGACGGUCAGUGAGACGAAAAAUGAGGGAGAAAAUGUUAUCCAGAAGCUCGAUGCGAGCCUCUCUGUGGACGAGCGACGAACCUUGAGUACCAUCCAGGCUCGACAGAUUAUUAGAUCUGAAGACACUAUGAACAUUGACAACUUCAGUAUCGAUGUCAUCGACGGUAUGGUGCCGAACCUGAAGCGUGGAUCUCUUGGUCUGGUGCCAUAUGUGCCCAAGGCCAAAGCUGGCCAGGAAGAUGAGAUCCGAACCAAGCUUGGGUUGCCGGAAAAGCAGGAAUCCAUCUUCUCUUAUUGA